AUGCCAGCAAAUUCGCUCCCGGAGCUGCAGCAGAAGCUGUACAAGCGCAUGGGCAUAUGUCCAAACUCAAGUAGUAAGAACACGGCAGCUCAAUCUAGGUUGCUACCUGCUCAGUCUCGAAACACUUCGCGCAAAGAGAUCCGGAGACGGCUGAGGACCGAUAAAAAGCUUCGGAGAUACUCAAAACAGUAUGUUGAAGAAACUGGAAGAGAAGACAUAAUCCCUACGGCAUCUCGUCCAGCACAAAAGUCGUCUUCGUCACAUAAAGCAAAGUCGGCACUAAAUGAUAGCCAUGCAGAAAUCGGUGGCCGGGCAGUCCAUGACCAAGAUGACACUGACGACUCAGACUCGCCGGACGACGCAUCAGGUGAUGAAUCGAUAGAGCAGUAUGAAGACGACGAGCAUUACGAAGAGUCAACAGAUGAACCAGGGACACCUAAUGUCCUCCGGACACAGCUCGCCCAGGACGAUGCUGAGAUUGCAGAGCUCGAGAGGAAGCUUGGCAUCAAGAAAGGCCGUCGGUCUCUGCCACAAGCCUUCAAAGAUGACGGUCUUGACGAACUGCUCGAACAGGUUCAACAAAACGAGUCAAGUAGCGAGGACGAGAUGAAGAAGCGAAAAUCGGCAUAUGACGACUGGCUGUCUUCGAAAAGAAGAAAGGUCGAUUCUGCCAACGAGAUAGCUGUUGAUUACCGUCAGCCAUCCGAGGACGUUGCCGAAUCGACAAACCGCCAACGACCUAACGGCCACGUUGUGGAUUCCGUCGCGCUUGAUCUCUCCGAGUCAGAGGCGGUCGAGAAUGACUUUGGUCACGCCGUCGAUGAAUGUGGUUCCGAUACCGAAACCCCUAAAAGUACGCAAUUUCUACAAAGGGAGAACCCCUACGUCGCCCCAAAGGUACACAAUGCGAAUCUCAAGUACGUGCCACCAUCAAAGAGGCAUGGUGACGACAUUCAGAGAUCUCAAGCCAGUGGCCUUUUGCAAAAAAAGAUCCAAGGCCUCAUCAAUCGUUUAACAGACGCAAAUCUUCUUUCAAUCGUGCAGUCUGUUGAGAAAAUCUACCAGUCACAUGCCCGAGCUGAUGUCACUGAGACUCUCGUCGACGUCAUUCUGGCUCAAAUGCGGAAGUCGGAAAGCUUGCCAGAUCAGUUUUUCGUUCUAACUGGAGGCUUCUCGGCGGCAAUUUAUAAGAUUAUGGGUUCCAGCUUUGGAUCGCAUUUAGUCCGCGAAGUCGUGAAGGAGUUCACCCAACAGUAUCAGCUUGCUUCCAACGAAGCCGAUGGUUCAGCAGUCAUCAAAAAAGAACCUGCAAACUUUCUCACCUUUUUAACGCAGAUGUACGUGUUCGAGAUCCUUGGGUGCGGCAUCAUUUUUGAUUACAUGGAGAAAUUGCUGGAUCGCCUUUCAGAACUCAACGUGGAACUUCUCCUGAGAAUCUGCCGGAUGGCUGGAAGGCUGAUGAGAAGAGACGACCCCAAGGCACUCAAGCAUGUAUCUCAUAUCCUUGCCACAUCUGUUUCAAAGAUGGAUCGCGCGAAUAUCUCUGCGCGGACCAAAUUCAUGGUUGAAACAAUCCACGGCCUCAGCAGCACCAAAGCCAAGACUAAAGGAGCGGAUUCCACAACCGUAUCCGAGCAUGUGAUUCGCAUGAAGAAAAAUCUCGGAGAACUCAAAUCCCAGUCUCGACGACUAGAUGGGUUGGCACCUAUGGGCAUACGCCUGAAAGAUGUUGAAGAUGUGGAGAGACAUGGGAAGUGGUGGUUGGUGGGGGCCAGUGUCCCCGAAUAUCGCGACGCAGCUGAAAGAGCAAAGAUGAAGUCUAAAGCGGUGACGGCUGGCGACGAUGCCGUGCCAGACGACGACGAGGACAUGGACUUUGUCUUGCCCGACUAUCCCAAGAAGGCAAGGGCUCAAGGAUUGACUAGUUCGGUCCAAAUCGCCAUAUUUAGCGCCCUUAUGUCAGCCAUGGACUACGAACAUGGGUACCGUCAAUUCUUGGAUCUCAACCUAAAGAGGGAUGACCAGCUCGAAGUCACUCGUGUGUUGCUCCAAUGCGUUGGAAGCGAGCUGGACUACAACGACUAUUAUGCCUUGGUGGGGAAACAAGCUUGCACCAAUAGCAGGAUCAGGUUCUCGUUUCAGGAUCGGCUGUGGAGGAUAUUCCGCGGUCUAGGCGAAUCCUUGUUUGGCGAAGGGGAGGAUGAUGAAAGCACUUUGGAGGGAGAAAGGAUGAAGAACGAACGGCGAUUAAGCCACGUUGCCCGAUUCUACGCGUCACUCGUGGCUGAAGGCGCGCUGAGUAUCAACCUCCUCAAACCGGUGGAACUUGCGAAGAUGAAUCAAUGGACUUGCCUGUUUGUGGAAACGCUCUUGCUCGGCUUGUUGCGUAAAUGCAGGAGAGAAAAGCGUCAACAAGACGCAACAAUGGAGCGCAUCUUCGGCCCUUCGAGAGACCUACCUACUCUUGCCGCGAGUCUACACUGGUUUCUGAGGAAGAAACUGUCCAAAACCAAGCUCACCACCGACAAGGAGCGCAAGGGAAUCCAGAGAGUGAGAGAGAGGGUCCAGGCACUGCUUCAAAUAUAA